AUGCCUUCCAUCAUCCCUUCGACAAAGUUCUUCUCCUCCUCUGUCAAGUCCGACUUUGAGGCUGCCAACAAGAAGUAUGCGGCUACGUUCAACGAGGCCCACCUGCCCUCGCCGCCCCGUCGCAAGGUGGUAAUUGUGGCUUGCAUGGAUUCGCGACUCGACCCAGCCAAAGUGCUAGGGCUAGAUCUUGGCGACGCCCAUGUCAUUCGAAAUGCUGGCGGCCGCGCUGUUGAAGCUCUUCGUUCCAUCUUGAUCUCUCAGCAGAUGCUGGGAACCCGGGAGAUUAUCGUCAUGCACCACACCGGCUGUGGCAUGCAGAGCUUCUCCGACCACGAGUUCCGGUCCAAGAUCCGGAAGGAGCUCAAGGAGGACGUCGACCACAUGGCGUUCCUGCCCUUUUCUGAUUUGCGGCAGAGCGUGCUGGACGAUGUCUCGUUCCUCAGAAAGAGCCCCCUGGUCCUGGAUGUGCCCAUCACGGGGUACGUGUACGACGUCAAGACGGGCAUGAUCGAGCAGGUCGAGGAACCAGUCGAGUCCGAGUCCGAGCCUUCCAGCCCUUAA